GGCCGCGUAGAACAGAAACGAGGAGACAAAUCAGGCAAUUGGCCAUGGCUUGCGCGAUGAUCAAUCUUCACGUACUGUCUGUCUCCGACUCCAUCUUCCCCACUCUAGUCCUCGAGUCCUCUGUAUCUAAUCUAAGCUCUCUCUCAACUGCUAACCGGUUACGUUCUCACCUUUUCUUUAUUCAAAAUCGCCAUCUCCUGUACUCUUUGGCUCUUUUCCCUUUGUCUUCGUAUUUUGGAGGAUUCAAAAUCGCCUUAACCAAGUUGGCAGUCAGAUGUGUUGCGUUUUCUCCACAAUCUCAGAGGGGUUUUAGGGAGAAGGACAAAAUGGAUUGCAAGGAAAAUGAAUCUCCUAAAAUAGUUGAAUUUCUUGAAGUUGCCAUUACAUCCAUCAUCUUCCUGAAAGGAAUAUACCCACCUGGUGUUUUUGAAAGGCGGAGAUAUAUGAAUCUAUUGGUUCACAGGGCUCGGCACCCUCAGCUUCAUCACUAUAUCCUCAACUCUGUCAAUGCACUUGAGCCUUACAUCCAACAGGGGCUGGUUGAGAGAGUUGCAGUUAUUUUCUUCAAGGAUGAUAGAAUUCCAGUCGAGAGAUUUAUGUUCAAGAUUAAUGUGAACCUGUCUUGUUAUGAUGGAGAAAUGAUGGACAUGGAGCUAAGAUCAUUUUUGGUGAAGCUGUCUUUAUCAGAACCUUUUUCAAAGAAUGCUGCUGUUGUAUCUCAAUGUAAAAAAUCUGAUUGGAGGUGGGAAAUAACAGGUUACUUUUGCUCUCUUCCUGAAGCUCAAAUUGGAGCCUGGAUUUCAAGCAACACACAUCAGUGGAAACAACCUUCUGUAAUAACACCCAUCAAGUCCAUGAAUAUUGAGCCAUUGUCUGUGCAGCUAUAUUUGGAACAUCCUCCACUGAAGCCUUGAAAGUGUUUUGGUUUUCAUGUUUUUGUUUAUGUUUGGAGAAGAUGUAUUGUUGAUUUGUCAAGCAAAAUCCAAGUGGACUUGUCUUUUUUCAUAUGUCCAGCUCUUUUGCUGAUGUGUCUCAUGCCACCUGGAGAAGAUAUUGGGAUCCAGGUGGCUGGCGACCUUUGCUGAUAUGGACAUGGUCUUUGGCUGAUGUGGAUGCCAUUUGGAUCAGCCUUUGUUGAUGCGGUCUUCUGAAAAAUAUGUUUUAAUUUCACAAGCACCAUGACCAUACCCUUC